ACCAAAAGGGAGCGCACAAUAGAAAAACCCAGGCCGAUCGCCAUUCGUCGCUAUAGUGCGCAUGUUCUUCGCUCCCAAAAAUAUCUCAACAGUCCACAAACACCAAUCAUCAAUAAUUCAAGGUUCAAUACAAACUCCUGUGCGAGCACGAAUCAGCAAAUCUUGCACACAACCAAAAGAAAUCAGUAAUGGCAGCCACAGGAGCUCUCAUCUUCAACAAUCCACACCUCAGCAGUAACGCCCUUUGUUUCAAAUGCUUGAACACCCAACCUAAAACUCUUCUCCGCAUCAACCAGAAAAAAUCCAAGUUAUUCGGCUUCUCGAACAAGAAAUUCAGCAGAUUAGUUUGCUCCGCCGUCGAAGAUCUCACGGAGAAGCCGCUCGAAACUAGUGUCGGCAGUUUAAAUGGAGCCGGCCCAGCUGUUAAAGAUUCUAGUGACGGGGCAUUAGAAAACCCUUUUCUGAACAAAAAAUCAGAUGAUGAUGGAGGAAAUUCCAUUUACAAUUUUCUUUACCCUAGUAAAGAGCUCCUCCCAGACGAUAAAGAAAUGAGUAUAUACGACCAUUUGGAAGAAUUAAGAGAGAGAAUUUUUAUCUCGGUUUUGGCUGUCGGAGGUGCUAUGGUUGGCUGUUUUGCAUUUUCAAAGGAUCUAAUUAUGUUCCUCGAAUCACCAGUGAGAGAACAAGGUGUUCGGUUUUUACAAUUAGCACCUGGAGAAUUUUUCUUCACUUCUCUAAAGGUAUCUGGAUACUGUGGGCUUCUCUUAGGUAGCCCUGUAAUCCUGUACGAGAUCAUAGCUUUUCUCCUCCCAGGUUUGACCAGGUCAGAGAGACGGUUUCUUGGGCCAAUCGUGCUAGGUUCCUCUAUCCUUUUCUAUUCGGGCAUCGUCUUCUCUUAUUACGUUCUCACCCCUGCAGCAUUGACAUUCUUCGUCAAUUAUGCUGAAGGGGUAGUUGAGUCACUGUGGUCUAUCGAUCAAUACUUCGAGUUUGUUCUUGUCCUCAUGUUCAGUACCGGAUUAUCUUUCCAGGUACCAGUGAUACAGCUGCUGUUAGGGCAACUAGGGUUAGUUUCGUCCGAACAAAUGUUGUCGGUUUGGAGAUACGUGGUGGUGGGUUCGGUAGUUGCAGCUGCUAUACUCACACCAUCAACGGACCCUCUUACUCAGAUGCUCCUAGCGGGCCCACUUAUGGCUCUUUAUUUGGGCGGUGCUUGGGCGGUUAGGGUUCUUGGCCGCUGAACUCCCGUUUUUUAAGGUCAAAUUUACACAUUUGCCACUACUCUAUAAUUCCCAGAAAUACCACUAGUGUAUGUUUGUUUGAAGAAAGACAGUAUUAUAUGUAUGUUUAUUGUUGCCUUUUUUACUUUUAAUAGAAAUGUACUCUACUGUAUUAUUGUAGAAAAGAAGUACUGGUAAAAAAUAUUUAAGGAGUGUUCAAAUAAAGCAUAGUAUUCAAUUAUUAUCUUCUGUAAGGUUGAAACUGCCCCUUACUAGGGAGUUCAUUUUCUAUUAUUUAUUUUAUUAAUAAAUAUUUUGUACUGGUAUUUGUAUCUAAUAAAUAUUGAGAUAUUCGUAU